GGAGGUAAUGUUGUGUUUCGUCGACUGCAAGGGAUUGGGAAUUAGGGUUUCAGGCUUUGUUACGGAGUCAAAGAUGAUCGAGGUCGUGUUGAACGAUCGAUUGGGCAAGAAGGUCCGGGUGAAAUGCAACGACGAUGACACCAUAGGCGACCUGAAGAAGCUGGUGGCGGCGCAGACCGGCACCAGAGCUGACAAAGUUCGCAUUCAGAAGUGGUACACCAUUUACAAGGAUCAUAUCACUCUGAAAGAUUAUGAAAUUCACGAUGGCAUGGGCCUUGAACUGUACUACAAUUAAGGGCCUUUACAUGGCUAGGAGCUGGGAGCAGUGUCGACCCUAGGAUCUCUCUGUAAUUUAUGUAUACUGGUAGACUUGUUGGCUUGGAAUAAUGUAUCUAUAUAUAUUACUUGCUUCUGGGUUUUACAUGCCUAGACUGUGAUCUAAUCGCUCUGAUUGGCGAAGUGUCUGAUGAUUGCCAAUUGCUUGUCGCUUCUUCCUCCUUUCGACAUUUGCCUCCACCUCCUCCUCCUGGCGGGGUUUGGGCCCAUGCUUCCGCCAUAUCAAUUUUCAGUGAAGUGUACAUUCAAACUCCUAUGAAUGAUGUUAUGGUGUGUCUAGAUUGGAGUUUACAAAUUUGAUUCUGGUUGCAAUUAAUUUUGGAAUCAAGUUAUUGGAACGUGAUGUGUUUAAAUACUAGUUUAAAACUGGUUUUGAUGAAA